AUGUACGCUAGCUACCUCGCCGGAAACGACGAAUUCGUCUACCCCGCAUUCAUUGCAAGAGACGAUUUCGCCGACAAGGCUGACUUUGAUCCUGAUUCCUUUCUUUACGACAACCACAGGUUCACCUCGCUAGAUUCCCUCCACAAAGACCUCCAGCACCUCUCACAGAGCCUCAAUCAGAACCUCUUGGACCUUGUGAAUAAUGAGUACUCGCUGUUUAUUCAGUUGGGCCAGUCAAUUAGUGGAUGUUUGGAUCUAAUCGACAAUAUCUCCUUCGAUGUGGGAAAGUUUGAUCAGCAGCUUCGAAACGCGAAAGUGAACCUUACAGAAUCGUCGGCAGCCGCGGAGAGAGCGCUCCAGCAUAAGCGUAGGCUCAAUGUGUUGAAGAACAAAGCAAAAUUAAUCUUACUUUUAAAUGAACUGUGCCUGAGCUUUGAAAUGCUUUUGGGGCUCGAGAUCGGUGAACUCAGUCCGGAACGGCUUAAGCCAAAGCUCUCGACCCUCGCCACGCUUUAUCUCUCCGCAACGAAGAUUUUUGCCAUUUUGACGGAGUCCAAUGGCGACGAAAAUUCGUGCGUAUUCUUUGAUAAGGUGCUCAAGACAAAGCUUCUGUCAUUGCAGCUCGAAUAUAAAGCGUAUAUUCACGAGACAUUGAAGCGGGUGAAGGCCGAGCCGAAGGAUUACAGCGAUGUGAUUAUGAUGUUGUUGCAUUGCAAGCGUAUCGUUGGUAGUCUAUCGGACGGAAAGUAA